AUGACUUCUCCGUGUUUCGCUAUUACCGGUGGUUGUGGUUUUAUCGGUUUACGUCUCGCUCGUUAUUUGCUCGAAAUAGAUUCUUCUACUCGCGUACUUUUACUUGACAUCCGUCCUCCGUCGAACGAUGAGCAACAGUAUAUUUCAGAUUCGAAUCGUUCAGUCUAUCGCUUUUGUGAUAUGCGAUCUUAUGAUUCUGUUUAUAGUGCUCUAUCGAACGCUACAUGUGUCUUUCAUUUAGCAAGCUACGGAAUGUCAGGUAGAGAAAUGCUGAAUACUUCAAUGAUAUUCGACGUUAAUGUAGUCGGUACUGAAAAUAUGAUACAGGCAUGUCUUAAGCACGGUAUUAAAAAAAUUAUCUACUGUUCAACGUACAAUGCUGUAUAUACAGGGAAUCAGGAAUUGUUCAAUGUGACCGAAGACGAUUGUUCAUAUCCAAACGAAGAUGAAUAUUGUGAUAAUUAUAGUAGAACAAAAUCUCUUGCUGAGCAAAAGAUUUUAAAAGCUUCAUCAACGAAUCUUUAUACAGCAGCGAUACGGCCCGCAGGGAUCUAUGGUGAUGGCGAACAGCGACAUUUUCCACGUAUAUUAAAUUUAGUGCGACAAGGUCUGGCAUUUUUUGCUAUUGGUAAUAAAAAGACAUUAUGUGAUUGGGUUUAUGCUGAUAAUUUAGUUGAUGCAUUAGUUCUCGCUGAAAAAUCCCUGCCAAAACAUUCCGGCGAGGUUUAUUUUAUAUCCGAUGAUCGACCGGUGAAUAAUUUUGAAUUCAUAUCUCUACUAACCAAAGGAUUAGGCUACGAUUAUUGCUUUGCUUUUUAUAUACCAACUAUUAUUAUGUUCUAUUUUAGCUAUAUGAUUGAAAUUAUUCAUAAUAUAUGUAGCAAAUAUAUUUACAAUUUUUCACCAUUGAUGACACGUGCUGAAGUGUUAAAAGUUGGCGUUACGCAUUAUGCAAAUAUAACAAAAGCCAAAAAGAAAUUAGGCUAUCGAGUGAAAAUAGGAAAAAAAUUUUCAAUGUCAACCGACAUUGUCGAAGAACCUCUAUCGACAUCUUACGAAUUUUGCGAUGCCAAGAAUGCUAUUAUUGUUACACUUUAUGCUAAUGGAGCAUACGAAAUAAAAGAUAUUGAUAUUUCUAUCGAAACAGAUUCACUUGACGUUCGGACACCAGCAAAUGAAACAUGGAUUUUUCAAUUAUGGGAACAUAUUUAUACUGAUCAAGUUGAAAUUCGAACGCAAAUCAAUUCAGCACGAACGCAAACAUCAAUUGAAAUACGUUUAAUUAAACAGCAACCACGUAAAACUUGGCCGCAAUUAUAUAGUAAUCUUUCAAAACCAAUACUACCACAACGUGAUGAGCCAAUGAGUGAAUGUGUUGAUAUGAAUAUGAUCGAUCGGCAACAAUAUGAUUUAUCAUUGAAGAAAUUAAAACAGGAUUUUUUCGAAACAAACGAAACUUUUACGUCGGUUAUCUAUAUUAAACAAGUCUAUAAUUGUCAAGUGAAUUUUACCGAAACAAAUUUUACAGCCACUUUUCAUACGAAGGACGAAUUUUUUCUUAGAACUAAUUCAAUAUCAUCGGAUAGACACAUUCGAUUAUUUGUUCGCGUUAAAGAACGUAUUAAACCUGAGAAAUGUUCAUAUAGAUUAACGUCAGCAUCUAUCGAAUUAAAACUUUCCAAGGAUAAUCCAAAUACUAGAUGGGGCCGUCUGGAGCCAAAUGAAUAUUCAGAAUCUCGUCCAAUUAUACAACAAAUCUCACCGAUUACACCACCAUCGUCACCAACUUCGAAUUCAUCAACCACUAUUAACUCCACGGUGCUUAAUUCAAAUAAAGCUAUUCCAUUACCACCUCCGCUUCCUCCUUCAUCAUUGGAUCGACAGACAGAGAAAUAUCCUACAUCAUCAGCAUUUACAUCAUCAAUUCAACAGAAAGACACUACAUUGACGUCAACUGUUUCUUCUUUAUCAUCAACAAUUGGUUUUACUGGAAUCUAUAAUCCAGCAAAUUCAUGUUUUAUGAACGCUGCUAUUCAAUGUUUAUCGAAUACACGAGAAUUACGAGAUUAUUUUCUUCAAUCGUAUCAUUUGUCUGAACUAAAUCGGACGAAUCCACUUGGUAUGAAAGGUGCUAUUGCUGAAGAAUUCGGUGACUUGAUUAAAAACUUAUGGAGUGGGAAAUAUAAUUGGACAAACGCACAAAAAUUACGAAAUUAUGCUGCUAAGAGACACCAAGAAUUUGUUGGGAACGGUCAACAUGACGCCCAAGAAUUAUUAACAAUUCUAUUGGAUGCUGUUCACGAAGAUCUUAAUCGAGUAAUAACUAAACCUCAAGUACCGCCAAUAGAAGAUCAAGGUCGACCUGAUCAUGUUGUUGCUGAUGAAUAUUGGCGUGGUUAUUUAAGGCGAAAUGAUUCUAUUAUUGUACAACUAUUUACGGGUCAAUUUAAAUCAAAAACAAAAUGUCCGCAAUGCCAUAAAGAAUCCGUAACAUUCGACCCAUUUACAACACUUUCUGUACCAUUACCAAAACGAACAGCUGUGGAUACAAUUGUUACAUAUAGAAAUGAACAAAAACCGCCGAUCAAAUAUCGCAUUGUUAUGUCAGCCGAUGGAUUAAUUAGCGAGUUAAAGCGUAAUUUAUCGAAUAAAUGCGGUUUACCAACAAAUAAAAUGAUAGCGUAUAGAAUUCGAAACAAUCGUGUUGUAGAUCACCUUAAAGAUGACGAUCGACUUACAUCUACGGGCUAUUCAUGGAAUAAUAAUGAUAUUAUUUAUAUAACGGAAACAUUAACAAGUGCUGAAUGUAAUAAUGAGCCGAUUGUUCACUUGACCUUUAUUCAACGUAUAUUUAAAUUACAUGAAUAUGUUUUACCAUGUGGCUAUUGUCAAGCAUCACCGAAUCCUCAUAGUUCAUCGAAAUUCUGUAAUAAUUGUUAUCAAAUAUCGUAUUGUGACGAGACGUGCCAUAAGCUUCACGCGCAAGAACAUAAAAAUUAUUGCGGAUUUCGGUCAUCAGAAAAUUAUGAAAUAAUUGGACUUCCAUUUGUGAUUUCAUUACCAGAAUCGAAUUUAACAUGUAAGAGUGUCUUUGAACAGAUUAGUAUUUAUGCUAAACGAAGCGUAGAUAUUCAUAUAGAACGUUCAAACGGUGUCCGACGGUCGUUGACAUCGAAUGACGAUUAUGAUCGUGUAAAUAGCGAUUUAGACAAUGAUGACAGAAACGAAGAUGAAGAUACCUUUAGUGACAUUGAAAAUGUUGAUUGGCCAACAAUAAAAAAUACUCUCUCGUCGUCGGACUCGUGGUCUAUAUGUCGUCUGGGUGAUUAUUUUGUUAAAAAAACUAAAAAUAAGCGCCGUCAUCAAUACGAACAACAAAAUCGUAAAGAAAAAAUGAUUAAAAAUAAUAACGACGCUGAAAUAACGAGAUCGAACAGUGAUAGCAACAGUAGCACAGAAGAAUUUGAUAUGCUCGAUGAUAUAUAUAGAAAUAAACCAUUAUUUCGUUUAAUGCCACAAACCUCAAAUACUACAAUGCAGCCAGCUGAAUCAAUCGUUGAACCAGGCGAUGAUGCCGAUAAAAUUCUACGUCGCUAUACAACAUUUUCCAUUGAUUGGUUUACCGAUAAUAAACCUGAAGCACCAUUACGUGUUAUACCAUCGAAGCAUCGUAACGGUAUAAACGGUCUUAUUGACGACGACAGUGUUUUUAACGCAUCUUCUGGUGAUCAAGAAAUAACACUUCAACAAUGUCUUCAAAUGUUCAUUGAACCUGAAGUUUUGGGUCCUGAUGAUAAAUGGUAUUGUCCGUACUGUAAAGAACAUAUGCAAGCUGAAAAGAUCAUGUCAGUUUGGCGUCUACCACCAAUACUUAUCAUACAUCUGAAACGAUUUAAGUAUUUUCAUGGUGCAUCAUAUGGCUAUUUUUCUGAUUCAAGAGUUAAAAUCGAUACCAAUGUUAAAUAUCCAGUACAUGAUCUUGACAUGGCUCCGUAUUGUUCAUCGAAAGAAAAUUCAUUGCAAGCUCGUUAUGAUUUAUUUAGUAUUGUGAAUCAUCGUGGCAGUGCAUGGUUUGGACACUAUACAUCUUAUGCAAGACUUUUGUCUUAUAACGAUUCAGCUAAGACUGAAAUUGGUUGGAGAAAUUUCGACGAUGAACGCGUAUCAUCAUUAUCAUAUGAGAAAGAACUGGUUCGACCUGAUGCUUACGUUCUUUUUUAUCGCCAUCGUAAUUUACCACUUAAUCUUACUAUCAAUGAACAAACGGCAUCGCCAAUGUCGAUGGAUAUGUAUGAAGAUACAGUAACAAUGGAAUCCUCGUCAAUGAAGGAUGUACGCGAUUUUUUACAAUAG